AUGGCAACAUUAAUUCACGCUUUAGCAGAUCACAGUGAUGAUGUCAACUACUGUGCCUUUUCAUCAUCGUGCUUGGCUACUUGUUCCUUAGACAAAACAGUUCGUGUUUAUUCUUUGGACAACUUCAUCGAGCUUCCAUACUCGCCUUUAAAAGGCCAUACCUACGCUGUGCAUUGCUGCUGCUUCUCUCCGUCGGGACAGCUUUUAGCGUCGUGCUCCACCGACGGCACCACUGCAGUGUGGGAUGCGCGCGAUGGCCAGAGGCUGGCGGCGCUGGAGCAGCCCAGUGGCAGCGCUGUCAGGGUCUGCCGCUUCUCUCCCGACUCCGCGUACCUGGUGUCGGGGGCGGCGGAUGGCAGUGUGGUUCUGUGGAACAUGCAGACUCUGAAACCGUACAGAUCUGGGAAUGUUAAAGACGGCUCUUUGGUGGCCUGUGCGUUUGCUCCUAAUGGAAGUUUCUUUGUCACUGGAUCGUCGUGUGGCGAUGUGACCAUUUGGGAUGAUAAAAUGAGAUGCCUGCAUAAUGAAAAAGCACACGAUCUGGGCGUCACCUGCUGUGAUAUUUCUUCACGGCAAAUUUCUGAUGAUGAUCAUGGAUUCAGAUACUUCCAGAUGGCUUCUUGUGGUCAAGAUAAUCAGAUCAAACUCUGGCUUAUUUCGUUUGCACAUUUCUUGGGUGUUGAAUUAAAAUACAAGUGCACAUUGGAUGGACAUUCAGCCCCGGUCCUGGCUUGUGCGUUUUCUUGCGAUGGUCAGAUGUUAGUUUCAGGGUCUGUGGACAAGUGUGUCAUCAUAUAUGAAACUAGUACUGGCAGUAUCCUUCAUACUUUGUCUCAGCAUACCAGAUAUGUUACAACUUGUGCUUUUGCACCAUGUAGUCCCUUGCUUGCCACAGGUUCAAUGGAUAAAACAGUGAACAUAUGGCAGUUUGACCUCAGGCAGCCCUGUGCAGGAAACGCGGCAGGAAAUGACAGCGAGGAGACUGUUGAGGCCUGGUCAGAGGACGAUGUUUCAGCCUGGCUUUGUGCACAAGACUUGGCAGACCUUGUUGGGCUCUUCAAAAUGAAUAACAUUGAUGGCAAGGAGCUGCUGAAGCUUACUAAAGAAAGUCUGACUAAUGAACUAAAAAUUGAGUCCCUAGGCCUGCGCAGCAAAGUCCUCCAGAAGAUCGAGGAACUGAGGACCAAAACCAUCUCUGCUGCUGUUGCUGUCCCUGACGAGUUCCUGUGUCCGAUAACGAGGGAGCUCAUGAAGGAUCCGGUCAUUGCAGCAGACGGCUACUCCUAUGAAAAGGACGCGAUAGGAAACUGGCUCAGCAAGAAGAGGCGCUCCAGUCCCAUGACCAACCUGCCCCUGCCCUCGCUGGUGCUGACACCGAACAGGACACUAAAAAUGGCCAUCAGCCGCUGGCUGGAGACGCAGCACAAGUGCAGUUGCUGUAACUGCCCUGCGAUGGUGGAGCAGUUUGAAGUGGUUGUGUCCCAUGAUGUACUGGCCAACGUGGACCUUAGCAGUGAUACCCUACAAUGGUAG